UUUUGGAUAUUGUUUUAUGAUAGCUAUAUUUUAACAGUCUAAAAGUCACGAGUGCAUGUUAUUUCCUUCUCUGUUACUGCCGACCGACUUCAGUUGGGGGCUUUCCCACCAGCAGCUACUUUAUCAGAUAUCGUCUACGAUCGCCACUGCAGCCGUGUAUCCUCCUCCUUUCUUUAUCCUUUCCUCCUCAUCGUUUUUUCUUCUCAGUUCUCCCACCGCCGCGUCCUUCGAUUUCGCCGGAUCUGAUCAGUGUCGACACCGGUACGGCACCCCUAACUGUCGAGUUCGGGUAAUGGAGGUCUCAAGUAAUGAUUUUUAUUUUUGGAAGGAUUGUGGCUGCGGGUUCUGGAUGAAGAGAUAAUUUACUUUUCUUUCUAGUUUUUUUUUUCCUUUGAUCGUACAUUUGGUAGCUCCCAUCGAGCAGUCUGCUACAGUACGGCUAAGCCAACGGAAUGGUUCCUGCUCACCGAACCAAUAUCGUGAAAUAAUCUUUUGGUUGCAUCGUUUUAGCAUUAUAUAUCUGUUGUGACCGUAUAAACACCGCUGUCGAAGGUGAAAACCGAAGCUCAACCGGGCAAUAGACGCCAUGGACGACAGCACCCGCCGCCUUCAACAACGUCGAAACCAGCCCUCCUUUUCUUCUUCUUCCUCGACCGGCCCAACACGUUUCCGGUCUCAAAAUUUCUCUACAAAUCCAACCAAAACCACCCAAUCCUCAAACUUCGUUCCACGCUCCAAUUCUACCACUGCAACUACCCCUAACAAUACUAGAAAUCCCGGCCAUAUCCGUAACCGGAAAUCCGAAACAUAUGCUGGGAUUAAUCAACAGCAAGAAGAACAAGAAGCAAGAGAAGACGUUGGUUCUAUAAUUGGAACUUGCCCUUUCAUGUGCCCUGAUGGGGAGAGGGCUCAGCGGGAACGCCUACGAGAUUUAGCUGUUUUCGAAAGGUUACAUGGAGAUCCUAGGAAAACAUCUCCAUCUUUAGCUGUCAAAAAGUUUUGCAGAACCAUAUCAGUAAAGCAUGUCCAAGCAUCGGAUGUGCGCCCUCUUGCAGUAUUAGAAGAUACAUUAAACUACCUUUUAAACCUGCUGGACUCGAGUGAACAUCCUUUCGAAGUGGUUCAUGACUUCAUUUUCGAUAGGACUCGAUCAAUAAGGCAGGAUCUUAGCAUGCAGCAUAUUGUCAAUGAUAGAGCAAUUUGCAUGUACGAGAAAAUGGUAAAAUUUCAUGUAAUCUCUCACCAAAGGCUCAGAAACUGUACCAGUUCGAGUAUUUCGUCAUUGCAAUAUCUAAACAUGGAGCAGCUUACAAAGGCUUUGGCAUCUCUGUAUGUUUUGUAUGAAGCUAAUCGCAACAACAACUUUGUUUACGAGAAUGAAGCUAAUCGCAACAACAACUUUGUUUACGAGAAUGAAGCGCAGUUUCAUUCAUUUUACGUGCUUCUUCACCUCGAUUCAAAGAACCAACAAAUGCAGGAGUCGUUGUCAUAUUGGUUUCGCAAUGUACCUUCUCCCGUAAUGAAGUCUAAAGAAAUGCAUUUUGCCCGGCAAGUUCUAAGAUUUUAUCGAAUGGGAAAUUAUAAGCGUUUUCUCUGUACCGUAUCGACUGAGUCAUCAUAUUUACAGUACUGUAUUAUAGAGCCUCAUGUGAACGAGGUUCGAGCACUGGCAAUUUCCUAUAUAAAUAAUUGUUGCUACAAGCUUCAUCCUUAUCCUUUGGAACAAUUGUCCAAACUUUUGAUGAUGAAGGAAUUGGAUGUGGAAUCCCUUUGCCAUGCAUGUGGCCUCGAGAUUUCAUCAGACGAUGGCGAAAAUAAGUCAUUACCGAUGAAGCAAACAACAUUCUCAAUCCCAAAAGGAAGUUUGCAGAGCUACGAACUUGUGGGAUUACAACAAUAAAUGAGACAGGUUGCAACCAUUAUAUUUAAGUUUCAACAAGAAUGGUGGGUGGAUAAUUCUUGUAUACUGUGUUAACAUUAUAUAUAUAUUUUUAUCAAUAAAUAUUUUGUGUUGUGAAUAAUAUUAUAAUUAGGGUUGAAUUCUUAUGUUGAUUGAGCUUUACUAUUGUUGAUUAAUAAAUUGGAUAUAAUUAUCACUCAAAAAUAUCACUAGUUUAGAGUUUAGAUAGCAUAAAGUUUAGCUAAUUAUUAACAUUAAUAUUAUAUUGGUUUUUUUUGUCAAUUUAGACGUUAAAUGUCAAUUUAAAUUUUGUGUAAAAUUUACAUAAUCAAAUUGUAAGCACAUAUAUAAUUAAACAUGUUCAAAAAAUCGUUAAAAUUAGGAGAUUAUUUGUUUUGAGCCUAUUUAUAAUAUGAUUAAUGUGUUUUAAUUAUGCUUCAUGUUAUAUUUGAAUUAUCAUGUAACACUCAAACUAAUGGUUAGGUUAGGUUAGGUUAGGUUGAUGGAAGAACUUGAUUGAUGUAAUAUUGAUAUUUUAAUAAUUCAAUUAAAAUUUAAAA